UUUACGUUCACCUCAAGCAGCACGGGCUACUUCUACCAGUCAACACCAGGUGGCGCUCGGAAACUGCGGGAAUUUCAACAUGGCGACAAAGGGUAUCUCUGUGAAUUCUCUUGAAAAUGGAAUAAGACCAAGCAAACAGUUUAAAGAUGGAGCAACGGAGAAGACCCAGCGAAAAACAUUACAGACCUUGCAGUUGUCGGCAAUUGGCGAAAAAAAUAUCAGCGGAAAAGGAAUUAACAGAACCGAUAAUGGCAAAAACAAAAAGAAGAUCAAGCCAUCGAAUGAAAGAGUGAAGGUAUUUGAAGAUGAAAACCCACCACUGAUCUCCGCACCUUUGAUAACUCAAGCAACACAGACAGAAACCGAUGAAGAUCACACCAACAAUAGAGAUGGACUUGAUGACCUUGCAGAGGCUGACAGAGAAGCUUUGGAGCUCAUGAGUGGAGAGAAUGUCCCAGAGAAUUACUGGAGACUCUUGGCAGAAGAAAGAAGAAAUGCUUUGAAUGAUACUCUUGAGGAAAAUGAACAGCUUCACAAGGAAGUGGACAGCUUGAGAGACGAAAAUGAAAAACUGUCUGACUUGGCCAGCAAAGCAGAGUACCUCUCAAGUGUUUUGCAAAGUGUGAUAUCUGACGAAGAGGAUAAUGACAGUGUAGAUGACGAAGACUACAAGACAGGUGACGAACAACUUCUUGAUGACGACACCAACUCCAACACAGUGGAAGUCUGUGACAGUGACAGCGACAGUAGUGUAUACUCUGCUGCAGCUUCAAACUUUAAAACUACCAGCACUGCUGAAACAAACAUAAUAGACUCGGAGUCCAGUGAUGAAGAGUCUCAAUCAAAUGACAGUGCAACAUCUGAAAAUUCUAUCAGGAAAAGGGUUAAGGAGAGCACACAAAGACUCAAGGUUGUUUGUCAACAGUCACAGAGAUUUAGUGGUGAAUGGGUUAAUGUGGAAUUGGACGAGGAGAAAGUUGCCUCUACAGAAAUUAUCAAGGGAGAUGUACUUGCUAAACUUAAAGAGGAUAAGAAGAGUUAGACAUGUUGCUUCAUGACCUGAUCCAUCAUGAUUAUACAGGAUUGAUCUGUCUGCUUGUAUUUGCCUGUCCAAGAAAACUUAUACUAUACUGUUUCUAUUAUUCUUUCUGUUAGAUUGAUGUUCACAUGAAUAAUUAAAAAUCAUGAUACUUUUUGUGCUGUAAUUUCAGUUUAUUUGACAGAUAUUCAUGUCAUGCCCUUUUUCAUUUUCUCAUAUUUGAAGCUGUUUUAAAGUGCUAAGUAAAUUGUGAAAUAUGUCCAGUCAUUGAUGAUGACUAUAUGGACACAUGUACACUGAACUAUUUUAUUGCGUUUUAUUAGAUUUUAAUUGAAAUGAUGGCAGGUGUUUGUGCAUAGUAUUGUUUUAUUAUGUUCGUUGUAGAGUUAUCAUCUUGGCAUCACUGAUGCAUAUUCUCUGGGCCCUGGAUUUUAAUAGUUACACAAUAAGUAAAAACUGACGUAACUCUCAUUUUCAGUUUUGUGUUACUUAGGACAUGAUUGGCCACAUUUAAAAUGCCACUAUUUGCAGCGAUAGUUUGUCAGAAGCCUACUUUCAUGGGUCUUAAUCCCAGAAUCAUCAGGGUAUUUCUUUCUAUGUCAGCACGAUAACCAUGCUCACGGAUUCCCCAAAGUGAUAAACCUCCAAGACCUGCAUCACUUUGGUUUUCCUCACAGGUUAGGCUGACAUACAGAGAAAUAUCUGAAAUACUGCUCAAAGAAGCCUAAAAGAGAACAUUCUCUUAUGUCUUUCUUCCCUUGUAUACUGCCUCUCCAUAUCAUGUAGAUGUGCCUUUUGGGGAUUUGAACUUUUCUUUCAAUUUUAUUUUAUUUGCUUUUCAUACUUGGAGAUUUUGAAAUUGAAGGAAUCAAAUGAUUUUUUUAGGUCUGUACGUUGAAUUGGUGGAAGGGGGAGACAUCUGUUUUCACAAGUAAAAUCACUUUCUAGAAUUUUUUUAUGCUUCAGGUUUAUAAAACAUAUGAAAGCUUAAACUUAAACUGCAUAUUUUCUUAUAUAUUUUUUUCUUAAAGAUACCAUUUCCUUGUUAAGAUCCAGGGCCAAGUCUGUGGUCAGAAUGUUCUGUAUGAGACUAGAAUGUAUUGCCAUGUUCAUAAUCAUUGACAUGCUCUUUUAAUGUGUUGUAUCAUACAAGAUCAGGUGUAUAAGUGAAUAAAUGUGCAAAUGUACUAGACCUGUA